GUGCCUAUUUGGCGCCUGAAUUUCCCCCCUUCUCUCAAAUCAAAUUAAUCUCAGCAACUUAGGGUUCUCGGCAAUGGAAUUUCAGAUUAUUGAGCGACAAUGAGUCGAAGAUUCAAAUCAAGUACUGGAUCCAGAGGCGCAGCUCGGAAUCGAUGCUCCGAUAAGCAAUUUGACAUGAGGAAGGCAAAGAGAGUGAAAUUUGUGGAUACUGAAAUGGAUGGUCUACCGGUUUUUGCGUCUUCUUCGAAAGGACGUAAAGCAGCCGAGUCUCCAACGUCUAAUGCUCCCAAGACUUCGGAAUAUGCAUAUUUUAGGAAAUUUAAGAAUGGGGUUGUGCAUGGUCAGUCUCGUCCACUGCAUAAAGAGAACGAACAGUUGGAGAGUUCCGAAGUUAAUCAUUUUAUUAGAGGUACAAGGCUUUCUUAUUGA